GGGAUUUUCUUUAAAUUUAGAAAUAACAUUCAUGAAGUGUAUAACGUUUCAUGUAUAUCUCAAUAAAUGUUUACAUUUGUAAAUGUCUUUGCUUGGGCUGCCAUAACAAAGUACCAUACUGAGUGGCUUAAACAACAGAAAUUUAUUUCUCACAGUUUUGGAGGUUGGAAAGUUCAAGAUCAAGGUGCUGGCAAGCUUAUUGUUAGGCACACGCAAGGACUACUCUUCUGGAGAAGAGUCGAGACGGAGGAGGAGGCGGGAUCAAGCGCUAAGCCGGAAGGGGCGAACCCGGCAGUGAAGGUGAUCCGGUGCCUGUCGGGCUGAAACGUAGUGGACUACAGAAGGUUCUGACCUCCGAAACUUGGAAAACACGAAGAAGUAGAAAAAAGAAAGGAAGCAAAAGGAAUCGAUAAUCCCACAACUAGAGAUCAUCUUAUUAACAUUUUGGAUCUCAGCUAAAAGGGAAGCACCUUCGAAGAGUGAUUGCAUAGUUGGGAAUGAAAAGCACUGAAGUCUGAACAGAUGCUGAAAUGAAUCGUCACCUGUUUGUUUGGCUUUUUAGACAUCCGUGUCUUAAUGGUCACCACCAGUGCCACGUCCAUCUCCAUUCUCAUCAACUUACACAGACACCUCUUGACACAAGGCUGUGGGUUUUUAGACGAAACAAGAAUCACAUUCUCCAUUGUCUGUUAAGGGAGAAUUGGUCCAGGAGAUAUUGCCAUCAAGAUACCAGGAUGAUCUGGAAGCAUAGAGCACUACAGAAAUAUAUGGAGGACCUGAAUAAGGAGUACCAAACACUUGAUCAUUGUUUGCAGCAUAUCUCUGUGAGUGAAGGGGACCGGAGGUCCUUGAAUCAACGGCAUGCUGAGCUGGCCCCGCUUGCAGUCAUUUACAAAGAAAUUCAGGAGGCUGAACAAGCCAUUGAAGAAUUAGAAUCAAUGUGUAAAAGUCUAAAUAAACAAGAUGAGAAGCAGUUACAAGAACUUGCUUUGGAAGAGAGGCAAACCAUUCUUCAGAAAAUCAACAUGUUAUACAGUGAGCUUCUCCAGAAUCUAGUGCCAAAGGAGAAAUAUGACAAAAAUGAUGUUAUUUUAGAGGUGACAUCUGGAAGAACUACUGGAGGUGAUAUCUGCCAACAAUUUACCCGGGAAAUAUUUGAUAUGUACCAGAAUUAUUCAAGCUACAAACACUGGAAAUUUGAACUUCUGAAUUAUACACCAGCUGAUUAUGGUGGGCUACAUCAUGCAGCCGCCCGAAUUUCCGGUGACAAUGUCUAUAAGCAUUUGAAGUAUGAAGGUGGGAUUCACCGAGUUCAGCGAAUCCCUGAGGUGGGCCUGUCGUCAAGGAUGCAGCGUAUUCACACGGGAACGAUGUCGGUUAUCGUCCUCCCUCAACCGGAUGAGGUAGAUGUGAAAGUGGACCCCAAGGAUUUACGAAUAGAUACAUUUCGAGCCAAAGGAGCAGGAGGGCAGCAUGUUAAUACAACUGAUAGUGCUGUCAGACUUGUCCAUGUCCCCACAGGACUUGUAGUAGAAUGCCAACAAGAACGAUCACAGAUAAAAAAUAAAGAAAUAGCUUUGCGUGUGUUGAGAGCUAGACUCUACCAGCAGAUUAUUGAGAAAGACAAGUGUCAACAACGAAGUGUGAGAAAACUGCAGGUGGGAACAAGAGCCCAGUCAGAGAGAAUUCGGACAUAUAAUUUCACCCAGGAUAGAGUCACUGACCACAGGAUAGCAUAUGAAGUUCGUAAUAUUAAGGUAAUAUCAGAAUUUUUAUGUGGGGAGAAGUGCCUGGAUCAGCUAAUUCAGAGAUUGCUUCAAUCAGCAGAUGAAGAAACCAUUAAUGAAUUUUUGGAUGAAAACCUUAAAUCAGCAAAAUAAAUACUGAUUUAUAAUUUAUUAUUAUAUAAAUGAAAUGGACCUAUGUCAAGAAGCAGACCGAGGUAGGGAAAUCUUUAUGAAAGUUGAUAAAGAGCAGCUAAAAAUACAUGGCACUCACAAAAAUAUUUUUUAAUGAAUCCAGUCACAUUUCUUGACCUAAGUUUAUUUUAGGUUUCCUGUAAAGUACAGUCCAGCUCUUCAAGUAGAAACAAAGCAUGCAUUGUUGAAAAGAGAAAUAAAGUAUUGAGAAUUGACUAUGUGA